CUAGAGUCUUACAAACCUUUGGGCGAUUAGUCGAAGCUUAUCGAUUUGUUAAUUAUUAUCAUUAGGAUACAACAUUAUUCUGACAACGUUGUUAUCGCAGAAACAGAUUUAAACCGUACGAAUUCCCCGGAAGUUUUCUUCAUGAUGUUUAUUUGUAUUAUUAUUUUCACGACAGUCUGUUUUCAUAACCGUGGGUUGUACGGUAAUGGUGCUAGCCCUAUUUCAUAUAGAUGUAACCUGUACUCUCUCUUCUCUCGACCAGGUAUUCAUCACAGUGAACUGUCUGAGUACAGACUUCUCCUGCCAGAAGGGGGUGAAAGGCAUGCCUCUGAGGAUCCAGAUAGACACUUACAGCUAUAACCAUCGCUGCAACACACCCACACACAGAGCCUUCUCUGAGAUCAAGGUCUUCUGUGACAAGGGAGCAGAAAGGAAAAUCCGUGGCGAGGAGAGGAAGCAGAUCCGGAUGAAGCCCAAAGGGACGGCUGGGAGCCUGGCAGCGUUGGACAGGAAGUCAGAUACAAUGUUUUUCAAGUCCCUCUCUGACCUGGACACCCAGCCUGUCCUGUUCAUCCCAGACGUCAACUUCGGGCACCUGCAGAGGACUGGACAGGUCUUUGCCUUCAACACAGAGGAGAUGGAGAGGGAAGGGGGCGUCGCGAUGAAGAGGGUGGCACGGCCUGAUGAGGAGCACGUCUGUUCGCCUCCUCCUGCCAAACACUUCAAACCAGAAACCCGGAAGAGAGUCCUGCUGUAUGUGAGGAAGGAAUCAGAUGAGGUGUUUGAUGCUCUGAUGUUGAAGUCUCCCACUCUGAUGGCCUUGCUGGAAGCAAUCUCAGAGAAGUAUGGAGUACCCCGCGAGAAUACCAAGAUCUACCAGAACAACAGAGGGAUCCUGGUGAACAUGAAUGACAGUAUCAUAGACCACUAUUCCAACGAGGACACCUUCACCCUGUCCAUCGCGAGGUCAGCGGACUGCUUCCGGGUCACGCUGGCAGAGAUCUGACCCUUCGCGAGGGAGUAGGGGCCUCAUCUCAAACCACACUGGACGGCACCCACACCUCAGAGCCAAUGCUGGACGCCAAGGCUCCCGCUCCAGACGGUGGAUGGGAUACCUGCGUUGUUCAGUAGUUAAUCGGCUCAACCCCCCCCCAAUAGCUCCCCCUGCUGGUGGAGACUGGGACUCCAGUGGGACAUUAGGGGCUCUGAUCUGCCUCUCUCUCUCUCUCCAGCAUGGUUCCAUUAGCUUCCUCCCAGUUAGUGCCUUCUGAACGUAAUCCUCACCCCCAACCUCCCAUCUCGCCUGGGCUCCUGACAUCUCUGUGACUGAGAGGAAAUGACAUCUCUGUGACUGAGAGGAAAUUACAUCUCUGUGACUGAGAGGAAAUGACAUCUCUUGUGACUGAGAGGAAAUGACAUCUCUGUGACUGAGAGGAAAUGACAUCUCUGUGACUGAGAGGAAAUGACAUCUCUUGUGACUGAGAGGAAAUGACAUCUCUUGUGACUGAGAGGAAAUGACAUCUCUGUGACCGAGAGGAAAUUACAUCUCUGUGACCGAGAGGAAAUGACAUCUCUGUGACUGAGAGGAAAUUACAUCUCUGUGACUGAGAGGAAAUUACAUCUCUUGUGACUGAGAGGAAAUGACAUCUCUGUGACUGAGAGGAAAUGACAUCUCUGUGACCGAGAGGAAAUGACAUCUCUGUGACCGAGAGGAAAUGACAUCUCUGUGACCGAGAGGAAAUGACAUCUCUGUGACCGAGAGGAAAUGACAUCUCUUGUGACUGAGAGGAAAUGACAUCUCUUGUGACUGAGAGGAAAUGACAUCUCUUGUGACUGAGAGGAAAUGACAUCUCUUGUGACUGAGAGGAAAUGACAUCUCUGUGACUGAGAGGAAAUGACAUCUCUUGUGACUGAGAGGAAGUAACGCCGAACAAAACGCAGAGUCCCAAAUGGUACAGAGCCCAUUAAAGCUGAGGCUUCAAAGCCCUGCUGCUUUUAAAGUCCAGUCAACAACUGUUCUCGUAGAAGCACUCAACAAGACUGAUUCAUAUUGUUUUAUAGGAGAUUUUAUUGGAUAUUUUAUCAACGAUACAAAAACAUACAGAUAC